CUUUGCGUUUCAGGGAGUGCGAGCCGGGCCACCCUUUGCGCGCAUCUUUUCGCACGGAGGCCUGGUGUGAGAAUAUGGCUUUGUUCGAGCGGCCCCAAGACACAUGCUAGCAUUGGGUUUUGGGUGACCCCAACUCGUGUAGUGGCUUCAUGGUUCAGAAUGGCUUUCGUCCCGGGAGUUUCAGAAAACGGGUUAAGUUAGUCGUGGGGGCACACAUGUCCUAGGCUUUUGACAUGUUUCCCUUAAAGGAUUCAGAAUUAGGAGCUUUCACCUUUUUUGCUUCAGCUCUUCCAAAUGAUGUUUGUGGGAGCAAUGGCCUACCUUUGACCCCAAAUUCCAUAAAGAUCCUGGGCCGCUUUCAGAUCCUUAAGACACUGACACAUCCCCGGCUUUGUCAAUACGUGGAUAUUUCUCGUGGAAAACAUGAGAGGCUGGUGGUUGUUGCUGAACACUGUGGAAACAACUUGGAAGAUUUGCUUCGAGACAGGAAACCAGUGAGUCCUUUUAGAACAUUGUGCAUCGCCUUUGAAGUGCUACAAGGCUUGCAGUAUCUCAACAAGCAUGGAAUAGUCCACCGAGCUCUCUCACCUCAUAAUAUCCUCAUGGACGGAGAAGGACAUAUUAAAUUGUCAAAAUUUGGCCUUUAUCAUAUGACAGCUUAUGGUGCCGAUGUUGACUUUCCUAUAGGGUACCCAUCAUACCUGGCCCCUGAAGUAAUUGCGCAAGGAAUUAUUAAAUGCAGUGAUCACGUGCAAAGUGAAAAGGCACUGCCUUCUCGUCCUAAAUCAGAUGUGUGGUCUCUUGGUAUUAUAAUAUUUGAACUUUGUAUGGGCAGAAAGCUGUUCCAGAGUUUGGAUGUAGCUGAGAGACUAAAACUGAUACUUAAUCUUGGAUGUGUUGAUGAUAUCAUAACAGUGCUAGCUGAGGAACAUGGAUGCUUGGACAUUCUGAAGGAACUUCCUGAAAAUAUUUUAGCUCUACUUGAGAAGUGUCUUACAUUCCACCCUUCCAAACGGCCUACUCCUGAGAAGCUGUUGAACGAUUCAGUGUUCAGUGAAAUCUCAUCUUUAUACCCAACCUUCCACACGCCUGUCAGUUUUUUCUCGCCUAGUCUAAGAUGUGCUAACUUAUCUCUUCCUGAGGAUAUUAAUCAGCUAUUUCAAGAGGAAAGUUCUGAUUACCUGGCAGAAAGGACAAUUGAAGAAGUUUAUUAUCUCUGGUGCUUGGCUGGAGGUGACUUAGAGAAAGAGCUUGUCAACAAGGAAAUCAUUCAUUCCAAACCACCCAUCUGUACACUUCCUAUUUUUUUGUUUGAAGAUGGGGAGAGCUUUGGACAAGGACGGGAUAGAAGUUUCCUUUUGGAUGACACAACUGUGACACUCUCGCUGUGUCAGCUCAGGAAUAGAUUGAAAGAUGUUGGUGGAGAAGCAUUUUAUCCAUUGCUUGAAGAUGACCAGUCAAAUAUACCCCAUUCAAAUAGUAACAAUGAAUUAUCUGCUGCUGCCAAUCUUCCUCUUAUUAUUCGAGAGCGGGAUACUGAAUAUCAGCUGAACAGGAUUGUCCUGUUUGACAGACUACUAAAGGCCUACCCAUAUAAAAAAAAUCAAGUAUGGAAAGAAGCCAGAGUUGACAUUCCACCUCUAAUGAGAGGUUUAACAUGGGCAGCGUUACUUGGAGUAGAGGGAGAUAUUCAAGCAAAAUAUGAUGCUAUUGAUAAGGACACUCCUAUUCCUACAGACAGACAAAUUGAAGUUGACAUUCCUCGUUGCCAUCAGUAUGAUGAAUUGCUGUCAUCACCAGAGGGCCAUGCAAAAUUUAGGCGGGUUUUGAAAGCCUGGGUAGUUUCUCAUCCUGAUCUUGUAUACUGGCAAGGUCUUGAUUCCCUUUGUGCACCUUUCCUGUAUCUAAAUUUCAACAAUGAAGCUUUGGCCUAUUCCUGCAUGUCAGCUUUUAUACCGAAAUACCUCUAUAAUUUCUUUCUAAAGGAUAAUUCUCAUGUGAUUCAAGAAUAUCUAACGGUGUUCUCCCAGAUGAUUGCAUUCCAUGAUCCUGAGCUGAGUAACCACCUCAACGAAAUAGGUUUCAUUCCAGAUCUAUAUGCUAUUCCUUGGUUUCUCACAAUGUUCACACAUGUCUUCCCUUUGCACAAAAUAUUUCAUCUGUGGGAUACAUUGCUACUGGGAAAUUCUUCUUUCCCAUUCUGUAUUGGAGUGGCUAUUCUGCAACAGCUGAGGGAUCGGCUUCUCUCCAAUGGAUUCAAUGAGUGCAUUUUGCUGUUUUCUGAUUUACCAGAAAUUGAUAUUGAACGGUGUGUCCGUGAAUCAAUCAACCUUUUCUGCUGGACUCCCAAGAGUGCUACAUACAGACAAUAUGCACAACAUCCCAAACAAGCCAGUGAAGGCAACUCUACAAGAAGUCUAACAUCUUGUUUCUCAUUAGACUAUCAGGAUGCAUCGAGGAGUGACCUGUCUAGAGAUUCUAUCAAAUUAAAUGAUCUGAAAUCUGAAGUGUCACCACGAAUCUCAGCUGAAGAUUUGAUUGACCUGUGUGACCUGACAGGACCUGGCCAUUCUAAGACCCCAACAAAGAAGACAAAGUCUAGCAAACCAAAGUUGCUUAUUGUUGACAUUCGGAACAGUGAGGAUUUUAACCGUGGUCAUAUACCAGGAAGCAUUAACAUCCCAUUUGGAUCAGCAUUCACUGCUGAAGGAGAAUUAAUCCAGUGUCCCUCUACUUCCACGCUUCAGAGCUUUAAAGGAAGAGUUGUGGUGAUAGUAGGACAUGUGUCAAUUAAUGCAGCACAGGUAAGUUGCCUAUGGGGAGGACCUGUGCAUGUUGUUCAGAACAAUGAUUGGUAAGUAGUACAGUACCUGG